AAUGAGCUCAGAAGAUUGAGAACGUUAAAAUAGGGAUCUGUAAUUCCGAUGGGUACGCAAAGCACUUCUCCGGUUUCCAUUUCAAAUGCGAUCGAACACAAGGCCUAUGCGAGGGUGGGACUGCUCGGAAACCCCAGCGACGUCUACUACGGCCGUACUAUCUCCUUCACGUUCGGCAACUUCUGGGCCUCCGUUCAAUUGCAGCCGUCCGAUGAGCUCGUCAUAAAGCCCCACCCAACACACGAUCUCGUCCAGUUCCGCUCCCUCGAUCACCUGAUUAAUCGAUUGAAUAAUGGAGGUUACUAUGGAGGUGUACGAUUGCUUAUGGCGAUUUGUAAAGUUUUCUAUAAUUAUUGCAAAGAGAACAAGAUUGAUAUAUGUGGGAAAAAUUUUACUCUAUCGUAUGACACCAAUAUCCCUCGCCAGACAGGACUUGCAGGUUCUAGUGCUAUUGUAUGUGCUGCCCUAAGCUGCCUUCUUGACUUCUACGAAGUUAGGCAUCUGAUUAAGGUGGAGGUCAGGCCUAAUCUUGUCCUUGCUGCAGAGCAGGAACUUGGAAUUGUUGCCGGUCUCCAAGACCGGGUGGCACAGGUUUAUGGGGGUCUUGUUUACAUGGACUUUAGCAAGGAAUACAUGGAUGCCUUUGGGCAUGGCAUCUAUACACCCAUGGAUAUUAGUCUUCUCCCACCUCUUUAUCUUAUCUAUGUUGAGAAUCCUAGUGAUUCAGGGAAGGUUCAUAGCACUGUACGCCAAAGGUGGCUCAACGGCGAUAAGUUCAUAAUAUCAUCAAUGCUAGAAGUUGCAAAUGUAGCAAAAGAAGGAAGACCAGCAUUACUUGAGAAGGACCAUUCCAAACUUGCAAAACUCAUGGAUUGUAAUUUUGAUCUCCGAAGGAGCAUGUUUGGUGAUGAUGCCCUUGGUGAUUUAAAUAUAAAAAUGGUGGAGGUGGCACGAAAGGUGGGUGCUGCAUCAAAAUUUACAGGUAGUGGCGGAGCUGUAAUUGCAUUUUGCCCUGACGGGCCUUCACAAGUAAAGCUUCUGGAGGAUGAAUGCCAGAAAGCUGGUUUUAUUGUCGUACCAGUGGAAGUUGUUUCAUCUUGUCUAAAUGCUAAUGAGCUUCAAACCCUAAAAAAGCUAGUGUGUUGAAAUCAAGGGCUCCUCCCCACAUCUCCCAUAAAGCUGAUAACUUCUUAUUCGUUCAGAACCUUUGUUUUGUUUUUCUUGAAUUUAAUGUUGGCGUUUCAUUGUAGACAUAUCCACUAAUAACGCAACACAUUGUGUUUUUUCAA